GGGACGCAGCCCUAAAUGGUGGAUUUGGGGCCGGGGCCGCAGGCGACCACGCAGUCACUGGAGACGGAGCUGCAGCGCGUGCGGGAGCUGGGCGGGCAGCAGCGCAAACGGGCGGCCGAGGUCCUGAACGGGCUGAUGAGGGACCUGAGCGAGUUCAGCGUCAUCGUGGGCAGCGGCGAGAUCAAGCUGCCGGUGGAGGUGAGCGGUGCCAUCGAGGAGGAGUUCGCGGUGGCGCGGCUUUACAUCAGCAAGAUCAAAUCGGAGGUGAAGUCGGUGGUGAAGCGGUGCCGGCAGCUGGAGGGGCUGCAGGUGGAAUGCCACCGCAAGCUGGAGGUGACGGGGCGCGAGCUUUCCUCCUGCCAGCUGCUCAUCUCCCAG